AUGGCCGACACCGCAAAGCAUACACUUCUCGAGCGCGUCUUCGCAGCCAGCAGUACCGAGGAAUCGCGCAAACUGUAUAAUGAGUGGGCAGUCACUUACGACAAAGACAUGACUGAACACGAGUUCACAGCUCCACGCCUAGUCGCCGAAGCGGUCACUCGUGGACUGAAGCUAAACCAUAUGCGCAACCCGCAAGAAUCCUUGAGCAAUACGACUAUUGCUGAUGCCGGGUGCGGGACUGGGCUCGUUGGUGUUGAAAUGGCGAAGCUAGGCGCGAAGAACAUCGAUGGACUCGACAUCAGUCAAGGCAUGCUUGACGUUGCAAGCAAGACAGGGGCAUACAGGAACGUCAAGACUACUGAUUUGACAUCGAGGCUACCAUUCGCAGAUGGAACGUAUGACGUUGUCACAUGCUGCGGCACCUUUACACACGGACAUCUUGGACCAGAGCCACUGGAGGAGUUCUUGAGGGUGAUAAAGAUCGGCGGUAUUGUCGUAGCUACCAUACUGGAGAGCCACUGGCAGGAGGCGGGCUUUGAUAUGGCAGUGGAGCGUCUUGCGAAGGAAGGAAAGGCUAAAGUGGUGGAGAAUGAAUGUCGAGAAUAUCGAAAAGAUGCAGGCGGCGGCCGGAUCUUGGUCCUAAGGAAAACGUCAGGAGCAUCUGGUGAGAGGAAAAAAUUCAGCACUCUGAGCUUGGGAUCGUAG